AUGUUAUCCUCAAAGUUCUUCCGAGGUCUUUGCGCCCUCCUCAUCGUCCUCCUCGGGGCCAACUUCGCCACGGCCUCCCCAGUCGCCGUCAACGCGGAUCUAGCCGCCCGCGCCCCGGCCACAGAAGACACCUCCGUCGCCGCCCGCGCCUCAGGCGGCGGCUGGUGCUGGCCCUUCUGCAACCCCUUCAACCGCGGCCUCGCCAACGUCCCGAACCGCUUCGACUUCCGCCCGCCCGCGUCGACGGCCCGCCCGCAGUACUUUGAUACCCCGGACAACCAAGUCACCCUCCGCGCCGAGACGCAGACUACGGGCGCCGUUCUGGUCACCGUCUCGGUCGGUACGCGGUACACCCUGCCCGCGCACUCUGAGAUCAACGUGCGGCUUCUGGUGCGGGGCACGCACAUUGAUUUCAACCACGCUAAUCUGGAGUUUGGGAGCGAGACGGCGGUGGUGAGGAUUACGCCGGAGCAGGCUGCUGCUUUCAGGACUGGCGAGAGGAGCGAGGAUGGGUCUUUCAAGAUUACGCUUUUGUAUAAGUUGGGUCAGGACUUGUGA